AUGGGAGCCUUAACAAGUAGGCAAAAUGCUGGUGUUGAAGAAGCAGAUGUAGUAUCUAAUCAUGCGUACAAAUAUCCUCCUCGAUCAGGUAAUUACUUCGGGAGCCACUUUAUCAUGGGUGGUGAAAGAUUUGACACACCACAGCCUGAAGCCUAUUUAUUUGGAGAAAAUGCUGACUUGAAUUUCCUUGGCAGUAGACCCACACCUUUCCCCUACCCUCCACCACAGUCCAAUGAACCGACAAAAACAUUGAAAAGCUUAGUGAACAUACGUAAAGAGUCUUUGCGUUUUGUGCGUUGUCCGGAACCAGUUGGCAAGUUGGCAGAGAACAAGAUCGGGGAUGGCUUGAACAAGUCUGUAGAUAAUAAUGGCAAGGGGACAUACUACAAUAUUGAGUUUACGUUUGAUUGUGACGCCAGAUGUGCCAUUACUAUCUUCUAUUUCUGUACCGAAGAAGUCACUCCAACUGGUGUUGUGUACUACCCACGCGACCCUGCAAUGAGUUCUCAGACAUACCACUAUAAAAAGGGUGCCAACCAGCAGUUCUGUCAGAUAUCUCAUGUGUUUGACCCAUCAAAGCACCCUGAGGAAGACUUGGUAUACAAUGCGGACAGAGAGAUCAUACCUAUUGCUAUUUACUGUGUAGUUGAUGAGGGACAGGAAGAAAUAAGACAAUCGCACACGACCAUCGCGGUAGUGGAGAAGCACUCGGACGGUACGUACGUGCUGAAAGCGUUGAAACAGAAGCUGUUCGUGGACGGUCUGUGCUACCUACUGCAGGAGAUAUACGGCAUCGAGAACAAGAACCUCGACACUAAGCCAAGUUCAGACGAGGAGACAGAAGACGGGGGCUCGGAGUGUGUGAUCUGUAUGUGCGACGUGCGCGACACGCUGAUCCUGCCGUGUCGCCACCUGUGUCUGUGCAACUCGUGCGCCGACUCGCUGCGCUACCAGGCCAACAACUGCCCCAUUUGUCGCGCGCCCUUCCGCGCGCUGCUGCAGAUACGCGCGCUGCAACGACGCCCUGAUAAUGCACCUGCUGCACCCGCUGCAGCGCCCGAUGGUAGCACAGAGAACAUCCCAGCAGGCUACGAGCCAGUGUCCCUGCUGGAGGCCCUGAACGGUCCGCACCCGGCGCGCGCGCUGCCCGCGCCGCGCCCCGCGCCCGCCAUCGCCAGCCCAGACACCGACACCGCCUCGCAGGCAGCUGAGAUAUUGAACCGUUGCAACUUGGAGCGCAGUUCGUCCACCAGCCUGGGCAGUAGUGGCAGUAGAAAGGCUAAGAGUGGCUCCAAGGAUGAUGUCAAGAGUGUCCGAGAUAGGUCCGCUGCACAAACUGUCACUCCUGAGUUCCGUAUGUCAGUGCUACUGGCGCGCGAAGAAGAAGCCAAGCGCGCCGAGGAGAAGGCGGCCGCAGCCAACAGUCCGCUACUCUACAAUCAUAAGAUUGUCAAUGGAGAUAAGAUCUCUAAGUCGUCGUUAAGCCUGGAGUACCCGGGCGACAUGGAGUCUGUGCAAGAGGCGUCGGGUUCGGACGACGAGGCCCGCGCCGCGCCGGAGCCAGACAGUGACGCCGAGCGACUCUCGCCACUACUCACACAUCCUACUGCUAAUGGGACGGUGGCGAGUGGCGGGUCCCCGGGCGGCGACGCGCUGCGGCUGGCCACGCCCGCGCUGGCACACAUCGACGACACCGACACCGACGAACCAGACACCAAGCACAACUCGAGCGGAACACAGUCUCGUAACGAUGCGGAGUCGCCGGCAGUGGCCGAGGACUCUGAUUAUUUCACGCCGGAAGACACCAACACGACCAUUCUGACCGUUCCUAAGACGAACAAACUUGCCGAGCCAACUAACAAUGGAGAUUGUACUCCUCAGCGUUGGGCCCUGCCACAUCACGUCACAUCACUACCUGGAACACCCCUGAGUCAGUCUAGCGUGCGUUCAUCGGGCGACUCGUACAGUUCGACGUCGUCAACUCGUCAGCUCCUGGCGCCAGUGGCGGGGUCCCCGCUGGCGACCGACACAGCCUGCUAG